AUUCACUUCCUUUCCUCCGUCAUUCGCAGUGGUGUCAACCAAUCACAAUGCUUGCAUGCAAUGGAGCGAUUCGAUUGGCCCACUGGACUGUUUUGCCCAGAGAGUGGCUUUUGCGGACUAGGCAUUGACCUAAAUGCUGAGGCUGCUUCGGUCAAGACAACUGAUGUUACUGAAGUUACUGAAGUUUGCCAGGUGUUCUUUGACAGAACACAGACCGAUUGCGAUAGCAUUAGAUCUUCUCUUUACGGAAAUGGCAUUCUGCGAGUGAAUGAUUGGACUUGUAUGAGUCAUGGAUUCGAGUUUUGCUUGAAAGAAAAGAUGAAAGAGUGUGUCGAUGUUCUCGGGGGGUUCAAGUGUGACGGAUGCCUGCCAGGAUCUGAGAAAGAUCCAUUGAGCAAUCGACAAUGCAGAGAUGUGGACGAAUGCACUUUGAGUUUUUGUGGGGAGCACAAUACAAGUUGUGCCAACUCAGAUCUCAGCUACUUCUGUCAAUGCGAACAAGGAUUCAACUAUGACGCAGACACUUACGGCUCUAAAUGCGAAGACGUCAAUGAAUGUGAUGCAAAUAAAUGUGGUUCAAACUCGGUUAGCUGUACGAACACAGAAGGGGACUACAGCUGUGAUUGUGAACUUGGAUACCAUUUCUCUGAAGAUCCAUAUGGUUUAGCUUGUGAAGACGUAAAUGAAUGCAGUACUCAAAACUAUUGUGGCAGCAAUUCUGACUGUGCAAAUUUGCCUGGAUCAUAUAGCUGUGUCUGCAACAAUGGUUUCUUUUCUCAAUCUGGAUCCAAUAAAGAUUGUACAGACGUGAAUGAAUGCAGUAUACAAAAUAUUUGUGGUAACAAUUCUGAGUGUACAAACUCACCCGGAACAUAUAGCUGUCUGUGCCACAGUGGUUACUUUUCUGAAACUGGAUCCAACAAAGAUUGUACAGACGUAAAUGAAUGCAGUACUCAAAACUAUUGUGGCAGCAAUUCUGACUGUGCAAAUUUGCCUGGAUCAUAUAGCUGUGUCUGCAACAAUGGUUUCUUUUCUCAAUCUGGAUCCAAUAAAGAUUGUACAGACGUGAAUGAAUGCAGUAUACAAAAUAUUUGUGGUAACAAUUCUGAGUGUACAAACUCACCCGGAACACAUAGCUGUCUGUGCCACAGUGGUUACUUUUCUGAUACCGGAUCCAACAAAGAUUGUACAGACGUAAAUGAAUGCAGUACGCAAAACUUUUGUGGCAGCAAUUCUGACUGUGCAAAUUUGCCUGGAGCAUAUAGCUGUCUGUGCAACAAUGGUUUCUUUUCUCAAUCUGGAUCCAACAAAGAUUGUACAGAUGUUAACGAAUGCAAUGACCAAAGUGUUUGUGGAAGCAACUCUGAGUGUACGAAUGUUCCCGGAACCUUCAAUUGCCAGUGUAACGAAGGCUAUUUUUCGCAAUCUGGAUCUAACAACGAUUGUACAGACGUGAAUGAAUGCAAUACACCGGGUGUUUGUGGAACCAACUCCGAGUGUGUGAAUUUGCCUGGAGCAUACAACUGCCAGUGCAACGAUGGCUAUUUUUCAGAAUCUGGGGACAACAAAGAUUGCACAGACCUGGAUGCGUGCAAUGGACAAAACUUUUGUGGAAGCAAUUCUGAAUGUAUCAAUGUGCCUGGAGCAUUUCAUUGUCGAUGCGAUGAUGGUUACUUUUCACAGUCUGGAUCUAACAGCGAUUGCACAGACGUGAAUGAAUGCAAUGCACAGGGCGUUUGUGGAAGCAACUCUGAAUGCACUAAUGUUCCUGGAGCAUUCAGUUGUCGAUGCACCGAUGGUUUUUUUUCACCCUCUGGAACUAACAACGAUUGCACAGAUGUGAAUGAAUGCAGUGGAGCGGAAAUUUGUGGAAGCAACUCUCAAUGUACGAAUGUACCGGGAUCAUAUAACUGUCAGUGCCGGGAAGGCUUUUCUUCAAAAACUGGAUCCAACCAAGAUUGCACAGAUAUUGACGAAUGUGACAAUGGAAUUUGUGGCACUGCGAGUGCAGGACGUUGCAUCAAUUCUAUUGGUGGAUACCAUUGCCAUUGUAGCAAGGGGUAUGAUUUAUCAACCCAGAGUUAUGGAGGUGGCUGUGUGGAUAUUGAUGAAUGUGACAAUGGAAUAUGCGGCAGUGCGAGUGCAGGGAGUUGCACCAAUUCUAUUGGUGGAUAUCAAUGCCAAUGCAGUGAGGGAUAUUCCUUAUCGUCUGAGAGUUAUGGAGGUGGCUGCGUAGAUGUGAAUGAAUGCAGUGGAGUGGAAAUUUGUGGAAGCAACUCUCAAUGUACGAAUGUACCGGGAUCAUAUAACUGUCAGUGCCGGGAAGGCUUUUCUUCAAAAACGGGAUCCAACCAAGAUUGCACAGAUAUCGACGAAUGUCGAGAAGUUCCGCCCUCCACGGUAUGUAAUCGACGAUUGUCUAUAAGUUGCACUAACACGGAAGGAAGCUUCACCUGUACAUGUGAUGUUUGUCGCUCUAGGGGUUGUUUCCCCGUAGCAAACUGCAAAAACUUCUGAAAAAGAAUCUAUAAACUGCUUCUCAAGGCUCGAAGUUGAAACAAUUAGCUUAGAGUUUUAAAGUUUUCAACUUACUCAAUUCUGAUAUAACCUUCCUCAUGUCAUGAAAAAUAAA